CGCAUUAAACGCCUAUUGCCAACUGGUCACACUGACCUGCCACUUUUUCUUUGUGUAAUUUUUUGUAGUGAAAAUCGUUAGAGUUUAGAGCACAGUUUAUCGGCUAAAUAAAGAGAACCACAAGCCUUUCCAAUGUCGGAGAACAAGGAAGAUACCCUGGCCAGCUUUCAGAACAUCACAGGCAUCGACGAUGUGGGCGAGGCCUUCUCCCAUUUGGAGGCCGCAGACUGGAACCUGAUGGACGCACUGAGUCGGGUGAUGCCGCACGAGGAUGCGCCACUGGCCAGCCCUCAUCCUAUCCAGCAGAUGGAGGCCCCAACUAGGAAUCCCGUGGAGAGCACCAACGGCUUUCGGCCGCCUGGUUACGAUGAGCUGCCUGGAACUUCGAAUUCUUCGGGAUUCUAUGCUGCCGCCCUGCAGAACCACAACCAGAACCUUAAUCUUAAUCAGCCGCACCUCCAGCAGAGAUUUCCCACGUCACAAUUGCUAGCCCAGCUGACGUCCAGCAUCAACCUGGACCCUGCAUCAAGCCAGAACAACAACCAGAACGUGAUCGCCUUCAAUAUCCACUUCAACCAGCAGCUCUACCAGAUCCGAUUGCCCUCGGAGGCCACUGUUGAGCAACUCAAACGCAAAAUCUUCGACGAGACCAGUGUACCGGUGUGCAGGCAAGCCAUUCGCGGCUGGCCGCCGUCCAAGGCUAGUGAUGCCCAGCAGCUGGGAACUCGUAUAUGCAACUUGGAUCUCGCCCCGGAAAACGAAUUGAUCCUGGUGGAUCUCACCGAUGACGGUUUCAUGGAUACCGAACAGGAUGAAGUGACGCAACGAGUUGAUAAGACCUUCACCAUUCUCAUACAGUUUGAGACGGGAAGUCCACUCACUCUUAACCUGCCAGGUCGAACAACAAUGCAAGAGUUGAAGAUGAACGUGUACGACAUUAAUAGUAUACCAGUUCGCCACCAGGAGUGGACAGGUUGGCCCAAUGGUUGUACAAAUGAAACCACUCUGGCGCAAUCCGGAAUAGAGCUGUCGCACAGAUUUGCCGUACGCAGCACAGCGCGGGCGCCUCAAACAAAUUCCAACCAGCACAAUGCAUUCGAUGUGGUGACCGUGGACAGCGAGAGCUCGGCGGAUGAAUUCGAGGAUGCCACGGACUUCAACAAUGCCGAGUACAUAUUCACUGACUCGCCACCCGCUCAGCCCCUAAACAGACACUUAAUACCAAACAAUACCGAUGACGAAACUAGUGGCUCCACGCAAUUUGUUGAGAACUACAAGGCGCGUUAUGGUGAGCCAUGUCCAGACUUUUUUGUUGGCAGUCUGGAAAGCGCCAAGCAGCUGGCCUGCCUCAGAUCGGCCAAAGAGCGUAAGCUGCUGGCUAUUUACUUGCAUCACGGCAAGAGCAUUCUCAUCAACGUUUUCUGUGAUCAACUGAUGAAACACGAGAGCAUUAUCCAAACCUUCAAAGAGAAGUUUGUUCUUUAUGGUUGGGAUAUGACUUACGAGAGCAACAAGGAUAUGUUUCUUUCCUCGCUGACCGCUUGCAUAAGCAGCAACGCCUCUAUGACGGCCAGGAACAUUAAGCUGGACAAGUUGCCGGCCAUUAUGCUGGUGGGGAAGAGCCGACAGUUGGGCAGCAAUUGCGAGGUUUUAUCUGUGAUUCAUGGUGACAUUGGUCUGGAUGAUUUGCUUACGAGGCUCAUUGAAACCUGUGAGAUGUUCGAGGAACAGCUUCAGGUUGAAAUACGUCAAGAGGAUGAACGAGCGGCCCGUGAUCAGGUGAAAGCCGAGCAGGACAUGGCCUACCAGGAAACGUUGCAGGCCGACAUGGCCAAGGAUGCCGCCAAACGUCAGAAGGAAGCAGCUCAGUUAGCUGAGAGAAAACGAAUAGAGUCCGAGCGAGCCGAAGAAAACGCUAGACGCGAGUCCAUUAGAUUAGUUGCUCAACAAUCACUACCUCAGGAGCCGUCCGAGCAGGAAGCUGGUACUUCAAAGAUCCGUGUGCGCAAACCCACGGGCGAUUUUCUGGAACGACGAUUCUUCACUAACAAUAACCUGCAGGAUCUGCUCAACUUUGUAACGGCCAACGGAUUUUUAAUCGAGGAGUACAAACUAAUUAGCAGUUGGCCGCGACGCGAUCUCACGGCCAUUGAGAGCAGCCAAACAUUAGAGAUGCUCAAGCUCUAUCCGCAGGAAACGGUCAUCCUGGAGGAGCGAUGAUUUCGCUCGGUAUUUUAAAGAAGUUUCGUUCGAUUGGGUUUAGUUUUCACAUUAAUAUUUGAGAAAUGUAGAGUUACCUAUAAUUUACGUAUUUGAAUUAAGCGGAGCAAGCAAAAAGUUUACAAAAAACAUACACACCACAUACAUACAUACAUAUAAAUCUAUAUCUAAAGAUAAUGAUAAUGUUUAGAUGCAGUUAGAGUAAAGGUUUUAUACAACUGAAUACAACUGAAUAUAUACAUAGGAGAUCCAAUGCAAUCGAUCGAACAGCACGCCACAGCACCAGAUAAUACCGGCAAACAUAUACAUAUGCAUAUAGCGCAGCAUAAAGAAAAGGAGCAAAGAAAGGAAACAAAAUUACUGCAUUUAUGUUGGCUUGUUUUAUUUUAUUAAUAAUAAAUUAUAUAACAUGUACUGAA